CAUAGCAACAGGAAGUGUACUGUCAAAUGUGCUGUUGUUGUGCAUGAAGUUUACAUUGCCCUGACAUGUCCCUAAUAUUCUUCAGCAUUUCAGGCAAGAUGGAUCUAUUUUCUAAAACCAUGAUUUAUCUCUCACUCUGGUUCAAUAUCUUGAUCUUUCUUGGUUCUUUCUGUAAUGGUGGCAAAAUCUUGGUGGUUCCUUUGGAGGGAAGUCACUGGGUGAACAUGGAUGUACUCAUCAAGGCCUUACACAACCAGGGUCACACACUCGAUGUAAUACGCACCAGCAAAAGCUGGUACGUGAAGGAAAACUCCACCUAUUACAACUCUAUAACAGUACCUAACUCCAAAUGGAUUGAUGAAGGAUUUAUAAAAGAAAUGCUCCACAAAAUGAUCAACCAUGAUAGAGGAAACAGCACUUUGCUAAGUGUUUUAAAUUUGCAUGUUGAUAUGUUCAAUAGCUUAUUUAAAGUGCAUGGAAUGAUAUGUGAUCUUGUUACAAACAUAUUUGAAAAUGAUGAAUUAAUGAAGGCAUUGAAGGAAAGGCAGUAUGAUGUGGUUCUCACUGAUCCUAACUGGGGUUCUGGCAUUCUUCUGGCUCAUAAACUUCAGUUGCCCAUGGUCUAUAACGUGAGGUGGACCAUUUGUGGUGAAGGACACUUAGACAUUGCUCCCUCACCACUGUCCUAUAUUCCUAUGACACUAUCUGGACAUACUGACAAAAUGAACUUCUUUCAAAGAGUUAAAAAUGUUUUCUUCUAUUGGUUGAUGAACCUUACAUACAGGCUUUUGAAUGAGCCACAGUACCAAGCACUUUGUGACAAAUAUUUUCAUCCACCUGUACAUUUCCAUGAACUUCUCCAGGGUGCUGACAUUUGGCUCAUGAGGGUUGAUUUUGUUUUUGAAUUUCCACGCCCAACCUCGCCAAAUAUCAUUUACAUUGGCUGCUUCCAGUGCAAAACAGCAAAGGCUCUUCCACAAGAUCUGGAGGGCUUCAUGCAAAGUUCUGGAGAACAUGGAGUCAUUGUCAUGUCUUUAGGGACAUUUGUCAGUGACCUACCACUUGAUGUAACUGAGGAAAUAGCUGCUGCUUUUGCUCAGCUCCCUCAAAAGGUGAUUUGGAAAUAUGCUGGAAAUAGACCACCUAAUUUGGGCAACAACACAUUACUGGUUGACUGGAUGCCACAGAACGAUCUUCUAGGACAUCCAAAGACUAAAGUUUUUGUUGCACAUGGUGGAACCAAUGGGGUUCAGGAAGCUUUGUAUCAUGGUAUUCCAGUUGUGGGAAUUCCACUCUUUUUUGACCAAUACGACAAUCUUCUUCGACUACAAGACAAGGGAGCAGCCAAGAUAGUCUCCAUCGCAACUUUAGAUAAGAACGUCCUCUACGCAGCCAUACGUGAAGUAAUCAAUGAGCCAUCCUACAUACAGAGUAUGCAGAGACUGUCUCAUCUUCACCGAGACCAGCCAGUUAAACCUUUGGAAAGCGCCCUCUUCUGGAUUGAGUUUGUUAUGAGACACAAAGGUGCUGCUCACCUUCGUUCAGAAUCCUACAAACUGCCUUGGUACUCUUAUUACUCAAUAGAUGUUGUAGUUACAUUGCUUGCAGUUGUUUUGAUUUUCAUUCUCUUGAUAUUUUUAACGGUUCAAUAUCUGUGUGUCAUGUGCUGUAGCAGAAAAAGGAAAACUGAGUGACUGACACGUUUACAUGUUUGCAUAUUGCUAUUUGAGUUAUAAAGAAAUGGUCUUAACCUGCUUUGUACAAUGUCUCAUUAAAUGAAACGUUUGGUUACGUAUGUAACCUCCGUUCCCCGAGGGAGGGAACGACACGUUGUGUUGGAGAAGCGACAUUAGGAAACACUAGGGGUCUCUCUUGAGCGCCGA